UUAAAAAGAUAACUAUAUUCACGUCACAUCUCGUUGAAGUGUGCCGAGUGUGCGAUGCAUAAUAGAGUCAUGACAUGCACGAGGUGAACAGUUUACUGUGACACUGUGAGACUAGUAAUAGAUACUAAGACUGGACUGCUUACAGGGCACCACGAAUUGAAACGCAGGCCGUCAUUUAUUUACAACGUUUAACGUCACGUUCGUGUGCGCUCAGUGUCGUCAAGAUGGGAGGAGAAUUAUUUGUGGCGUUUGUUUUAGUUAUUAUUUUUGUUAUAAAACUAUCUGUGUUAGUAAGUAAAACAUCGUGCGAGUCUAAGAUUCCUAUGACGGGCAAAGUUAUCAUAGUGACAGGAGCCAAUAGCGGAUUAGGGUUCGAAACAGCAAAAGAUCUGGCGAAACGUGGAGGUCGGGUCAUCAUGGCCUGCCGGAACGAGCAUCACGCGCUCGCAGCCCGUGAUCGAAUCAUUAAAGAGACGGGUAACUCAGAAGUCUUCUAUAAGCAUCUCGACUUGUCGUCCCUUGCGUCGGUGCGACGAUUCGUUGAGGAGAUCAACAAUACGGAGAAGCGACUGGAUGUCCUUGUCAACAACGCAGGAGUUAACGGCUGUGGGCAUCGUUUCACGGAGGACGGCAUUGUCGAAGAAAUGCAAGUCAAUUACUUCGGGGCAUUUCUCUUAACUCUUCUCCUUCUGCCUCUACUAAAGAAAACCGGGGCGAGCCGGAUAGUAAAUGUUAGUUCAAACUUACACUUUUUUGGAAGGAUCAAUUUUGAACACAUAAAUAAGAAAGGCUAUUAUUUGAACAUGUUUACGUAUAGCAACAGUAAAUUGUGCAUAAUUUUGUUUACCGUUGAGCUAGCUCGAAAGCUGAGAGGAUCAGGUGUAACGGUGAACGCCGUACACCCCGGGGUGAUUAUGACUAACAUUACUGCUACUUCCUGUGCACUUGAACGGUUUUUGUUUUCUUCUCUCUGUUGGAUUUCUUCAAGAAAUGUUGUGGAAGGGGCGCAAACAAUUAUAUACUUAGCGAUAGCGAAGGAAGUUGCCACUACCACUGGAAAGUACUUUAUAGAUUGUAAAGAGAGAUACAUGACUAAAAAGGCCACAAAUAAGAAACUUGCUGCUGAUCUAUGGAAUUACUCAGAAAAAAUAGUGGGCUAUCAAGAACCAAAUAAUCAUCAGUGAGGUGCCAACAUUAUUAUGCGACAAAAAUUUGUACUUUUUAUUAGAAUUUCUGUAACUAAACAGAACUGUAACUGUAACUAGGGACGCUUUUACUCGUAGUUUCGCCAUGCCAUGUCCGUCUGUCUGUUUGUCUUUAGGUAAUUAAUUUAGGCAUAUGUAUAAUGAUUAUUGUAUUUUCAUUAACUAAUCAAGCAUUUACAUUAAAAAAGUGACAUUUGAUGGAGUGGAACUGCUGAUGAAGACCAGACUGGAACACCUCACCGACACGCAUUGUCAUGUUUGGCGAUAUCGCUUCUUCGUAAAGUUUGUUUAGCCAGUUAUGUUUUAUAGACCGCGAGCCAGAAACAGAUUUCCAUGACGAAUCGCCUCCCGGCCGAAAACUCGUGUAGUGGUUAACAGCUAGAUAUGAUGAACCCUCGUGGACGUUAACUGCCGCUCCGUUGGUGGGUUGAGGAAUGGCAGCCACCGAAACACGUAAAACUAAAAAAAAAACAUCGCCUCCCGUUUGAUACUUUGUCAAAUGAUAGUUCAUAUGCUAUUGUUAAUAAAAAAAAUCGUCAGCCGGUUAUAUCGCGGUGGUAAGAACCUCAGCUGAUCGCAUGAACAUGUAAAAAAUAAGCGCUAUACCUUUUUAUAAUAGCUAUAACAAUAACAAAUCAUGAAAUUUUGCAUGUAGCAUUUCAUCAGGCGUAACGCCAUGAAAAGCCAUCAUAAAGUGGUAAAGCGCAUAUUUUUACAUGUUCAUUUUACAGCUGACGGUCUUUCCACCGCGAUACAACCGGCUGACGGUUUUUUUUUAUUUAAAACAGCAUCUAAAAUAUCAUCUGACAAAGUAUCAGCCGGGAGGCGAUGACUGACGAAAUAUAUGGCGCGCGGUCUAUUAAGAAACAUUUUCCUCAAAUCUUUCAAGUCCGCAGAUCUUAACAGCAUACUUAUAGCAUCUUUAGGGUUCCGUACCUCAAAAGGAAAAAUGGAACCCUUACAGGAUCACUUUGUUUUCCGUCCGUCCGUCCGUCUGUCAAGUCAAGACCCUUUAUCUCUUAGGAGGAGGUAUCGAGUUGAAAUUAAAAUAUAUUCAGGUCUACAGUCCCUUGAAGCUGUGAAACCCUCAAACUUCUAAGUUAAGUUUAAAAAAGAUACGGCCGUGUAUGCCUCAAAAAAACGUAUAUUUUGUCACUCUCAAGGGAAUAAAAAUUCACUUCCCGUUGACCUAGAACUACGAAAUUUGGCAAGUAGUAUCAUCUUACACUACAAAUAUAGGGGAAAAUCUCAGAACACUAAAUUAAACAAAAAAAUAGUUACAUUUGUAUGGAACCCACGAUGGACGAGUCCGACUCGCACUUGUCCGGUUUUUUUAUUUAAAAACUAACAAUUUUAAUUUAAAAAGUAUUUGGUGAAAUGAAACUGCUCAUGAAGUCCAGGAUAAAACUCCUUCACGAGAAAUAUUUUUACGUCUUGGGGCUAAUUGUAAUUGCACUAUGGUCGUCAAUAAUUUGCAUCGGUGAGCAGUUGAGGUUUUACAGCGGUUACAGCUAAAAUAUUGCUAAAAGUAAAAAGUAAAGGGGUGUGGCCAUAUUUUCGGGCUGGCCAUAUUCGACCCAGGUACCUUAGUAUUAAUAAUACUCAUACCUAUAACAUUUUUUAUAAAAACAAACACAUUUGAAAAAGUAGUCGAUAAAGCAGUUAAACAUCGAUAGAUUAUUAAUAUACUAGACGAAAACCCGGCUUUGCUCGGAUAAAAUAAUAACUCUGGCACACUCAGUUAGUCAUAGAAAAAUGCGGCUAUAUAAUUUUUAAGAAAAAAAAACCGACUUCAAUGAGGGAGACCGGUGAAAGAACGGUUAUUGUUGAUUUUAGAUUUCAUACAAUGAAAUUAAACAGACAGCGUCCUACGCCUAAUUAUGUAGAAAAGGAGGUAACAUGUUUUUUUUUGCCACUGCACCCAACUUGACACAUUUCAGAUUUGCCCUAUGGUUGACUGGUAAGAUACCCGCAAUAGGGUAUUCGACUGUAUUUAAGAUAAAUUAUUUUACACCAUGCAUGAAAUAAAGCACCAGAUAAUUAUUAAAAAAAACUAAAUAGGAUAGAAAUAUAAAAAUAUGCCUUGAAAACCUAACUGUUUGGCAAAGAGAACAAAUUGCCAAACGUGAACUAUGCAUCAUUGAAGAGUUCCAUUCUGAUCAUCAUCAGCAGUUCCACUUUAUCAAAUGUCACUGUUUUAAAUGUAAAUGCUUGAUUUGUUAAAGAAAAUACAAAAAUCACUAUAUGUAUGCCUUUCAUAUUUGAAGAGUUCACUCGAUUCCUCAUGGACCCAUCAUCAGAACUCGAACUUGACAAAAAUUUGUUUUGAAAAUUUAAUUUACUUAACAAACACAGCGAACAGGAGAAAUCACCAAACGUGUACUAUGCGUCGUUGAAGAGUUCCAUUCUGAUCAUCAUCAGCAGUUCCACUUCAUCAAAUGUCAUUUAUUUAAAUGUAAAUGCUUGAUUUGUUACAGAAAAUACAAAAAUCACUAUAUGUAUACCUUUCACAUUUGAAGAGUGCCCUCGAUUCCUCAUGGAUCCCAUCAUCAGAACUGAGUUUUGACAAAAACUGGACCAAUCUGUAUAUAUAUAAAUUCAAACAAUAAAAUAAUUUUCAAAAUCGGUUCAGAAAUGACGGAGUUAUGGAGUAACAAACAUUAAAAAAAAAACAUACAACCGAAUUGAUAACCUCCUCUUUUGAAAUCUUGAAGUCGGUUAAAAAUGUAGGCGUGAAGGGUUGUCCUCCCAUAGAAAAUUUUAUUUACCGCGCCUUACUUUAUACAUCAUUUACAAACAGUGACAUACAUAGUCAUUCUUUAAAAAAAGUUUGUGCAUCUUGCACACUGGGUGCCAACCACAACCAACAUGCCGUCGCAAACGUGUUCACAGUUACCGAACGCACCCGUCGCUGUCAUAUUCCAAAUUAAAGAUGGCUUACCUUUUGUCUUGUGUUUGUCAUUAAAUUAACACUUUUAAUUGCAAAAUACGCGAUAAUCCGAAUUUUGCCAAUAUAUGUAGUCGAUUCAAAACUCUUAUUUUUUAACGCUCUUUCAUUUGAGUAUAAUUUCAUUCGGGUCUACCGUUAACCUCGACGGAAUUAUUAAUAUAGAAGAUUGUAACAUGACAUCACUAUUUUUGUUCGCACAUAGACAAUUUACGCACA